UAUACGCUAAUAAAAGGAAAGAAAAUAUUUCUUUUAAUAUUUUAGAUUUCUAUGUAAAUAAUUAUAAAAUUACAAAGUAAAAAGAUACAAUUUUAUAUAACAGGUAAAUAUCUUAUAAAAACCUUCAUCAAAGCAUUUAAGAAAGAACAUUUCAUCAGUUGCAAUCGAUCAAAAAAAUAAAGAAUUUUAUCGAAUCAUACGUAAAUUAAGAAAGACCCAAAAAUGGGUCUUGAAGGACAGGGAUUAUAUAAAAAAUAUACGAUGGUACGAUCUUCUACCGUUGGGAUCUUUAAUUGUUUGUAUCGAUAUUCACGAUCCAUUCGAAAGAUCGUCUCGUCUAAUGAAGAUAACGGGGUAACGUGCUUCCGUUACACGAACCAAACAAGUUGAUACACGUCCUCCCAUUUAUGUGAUUUUUUACCUUGUUUCUUUUUUAUUUAUGCUUAUUUAUACUCUUCUUCGAUAGUUGUACGAAUUCACAUUCAAUACAUUGAUGAAUUUCCAGCGUUGCUCGUUGAUCCAUGAUCAAAAGAAGGAAUGUAAUUUCUGAACUAAAAAAAAAAAAAAGUCUGAUUAAUAAUUAUAAAUAAUUGUUCUCUAGAAAUUGCUUCAUCGUAUCUCAUUGCAUAUCAAUUUUUUAGGAAAAAAAAAAAAGUAUCUCGUGUUAUCGCAUAGAUAAGAUGAUUGUAACGAUAUUAGGAAUUGAUCUCACGAGUAUUUUGUAAAAUGUAGGCAUUUUAAAGUAAGAAGAUUUAUGCAAGUUUUUUAACACAAAAUUACUACAGUAUAGACAGUAGAAGAUAUCUGAAUAUAAAAAUUCUGAAAUUCUUUGUGAAUCAGAAAGAAGUCAAGAUUUUUGUGAGAAACAAUCAUACCCAAUGUAUAACGUAACACUAGCCUUUUUAUAUUUGAAUAACAAAUACAAAAAUGGAAUAUGUAUAUUUCAAGCUUUGUAAUUUCACUUGGAUAAUGCCAAUGAAAAUUAUUUUUUGAACUAGAUGUACUUUUAAAAUAUAAUAAUUUAGAGAUCAUCUAUGAUCCUAAUUAUUGUACUAUAAUUACAUAUUAAAAGUAAAAAUUACACAAAAUUAAGACACAUCAUUAAAUAGUGAAUUUUUUCUACAGUAUAAUAGUUAAAUAUCGUUGAGACAGUUAAUAAAUUAUUAAAAAAAAUUUCAAUAAUACUUUUUUACUAUUAAACAUGGCACUGAAUAUGUGUCAGAGAAUUUAACAAAAUGUAUAACAAAUUAAAAACUUGUUCAAAAGAACAAUCAUGGAUCAUACCAAAGCAACGCAAUGGAAAAUCAAUAUUUGUGUUAAUAUUUUAAAUAAACGACAUUAUUCUGCAUUAUUAUGUUGGCUCUUCUAACAGAUCGAAGAAACGAAGGAGAAAUACUCUAUAUGAAAAGUCAAAAAAAAAGCACAUUAAGGAAAAAGAAAAGAGAUAUUAUAAACACACAGAAAAAGACAUCCUUUCCUGUUUCCUUUGCACACAUCCGCACUCAACGAUGGAUAAAUCCGUAUUGUUAAUAACCAUUCUUCAAGCUGAUGAUUCCUUCUCUUCCUUCACGUUCGACGCCUUUCCUUUUUAUCUUCCUCGGCCGAUAUCGACUUAUGUUAGAAAGCCUUUACGAAAACAGGGUCAUACAAAUACUUACGUGUAAUACGAGUAUUUUAAAUUUUUAAAUCGCGGUUAAAGAGACAAGAAAGGAGAUUAAGAAAAAAAAAAGGAAAAAAAAGAUGAAAACAUUAAAAAAAAAAAAAAAAAAAAAAAAAGAAAAAGGAACAAAAAGCGAUGUAAGCGAUGAAAGAAGAAACAAAAAAGCAAACAUAGUAGUGUGCAACGUAUAACGUAUUGAACAAACUAAAUAAGAGACAUAAACAAAAAUAAACAAAAAAAAAGAUGAAUAAAAAUUUAAAAAAAAAAAAAAGCUGAAAAUGUUAAGUGAGAGAAAGAGAGGGAGAGCGUGAACGAGCGAGAGAUAGAUAAAGAGAGAGAGAGAGAAAGAGAGAAAGAGAAAAAAAAGAUGUAGUGCCACGAAAGGAAAUGCGUAUAUAGAGAAAAAACGUUGCGACUGCGUCUUUCAAAGCGUUCUCAUUGGAUAAAAGAACAAAGCGUCGCUUUUUAUAACGUGUUGCUGCGAAAAUAUAUAUGUAUAUAUAUGUGCGCAUAGAACUGCAUCGCAUGUAUAGAUGCAAACUAGCGAGGUCUGCAAACACAGGAAAUAGGAUGAGCACCGUACUUGAUCGCGGUAUCUAUUCGUCGACCGAUCAAUCGUGAUAAUUCGAUCGAAUCCUCGCCAAUUUGUCAGUUCUUUUCGAGUUAUUGGUUGAACAUGUCGAGCUUCCAAGUUAAUCUUUUUGGCAUUUAGUUUGUUCCGUCUUUACUGAAAGUACACUGAGAGACAACAAAAUUGAUUUGACCUACAACAGUGCGAAAUAAAUUUAGAUCAAGAUAUAGAAAUAGUGAAAGGAUUUUAAGGAAAGAUAGAUUUUUGCAAUUAUAUUAAUCUUCCAAGUGAACUAGCCGGUACGACUAAUCAAUUAUUGAGAAUAUUCGAUCGUAUCGCGAUCGAUCAGAGAUUAUAUAUAUAUAAUAUUAGGGUAACGUUUUGUAAAAUCCUUUGAUGCACGCGAUAUUUGUAUAAAAAAAUGAAAGAAGACAUACAGAGAGACAAAUACGUACAUUAGAAGUGCAUGAUAAGAAUAGUAGAGCGAUUAAUUUACGCCAAAAGGGGAGAUUUUUUUUAGAAGUAUAGAGAUAACGCGAGCAAGCAGGGAGAUAAGCGAAAUAAGACACAUGCUGUAAGUAAACGGUGCAUACGGUGCCAUGCAAGAAUAAUAUCUUGAAAAUGAUCGAUGGUUGUAAGCAAUCUUUUCGUCUUCUGCUAGUGAACACGAAAAGAUAGAUACACGGAUGAAGUAUCCGUGAAAUAACGUUAAAUUGCAACUUGGAACAGCUUUCAACGUAUUAAUCUUGGUAACUGGUAACGUAUAUAUACGUAUAUAUACAUAUAGCCAUAUGUGUAUAUAUAAACGAUAUACAAUUACUAUAAGCAUAUAAGAAAUAUAAUUUAUAUAGCUGUAUUCUACGUCAUCAGUACAUGUAGGACAGGCUUGCGAAUGUUCACAUGUGAUCAUCGUCUCAGCCGGCGUGAGAGUGCUUUAAAAUUUAGAGACUGUUCAUAAUUUGCAUUUAAAAUGAUUUCAAAUGAAAUGGAAGUGGAUGAAGAUAAUGAAACAAAAGCAAAAACUUUUCAUGAAUUAGAAUUAGAUGAUAGAAUUUUAAAGGCUAUUGCAAAAUUAGGUUGGUUAGAACCAACAUUAAUACAAGAAAAAACAAUACCGUUAAUGAUUGAAGGAAAAGAUAUUUUAAUUCGAGCUCGUACAGGAUCUGGAAAAACAGCUGCGUUUACUAUACCACUUAUUCAAAAAAUAUUAUCAAAUAAACAAACACGAAAACAACAAGAAAUUAAAGGUCUUAUUAUAGCUCCAAGCAAAGAAUUAUGUAAACAAAUACAUGACGUUAUAAUCAGUCUAACAAUAAAAUGUAGCAGAGAAGUAAGAGCUAUUGAUGUCAGUCCUCAAAUAAAUCUUGGUGCACAGAAACCACUAUUAGCAGAAAAACCUGAUAUAGUUAUAAGCACUCCAAGUAGAUUAUUACAACAUUUAAAAGCAAAAAAUGUGAAAUUAAAGCAAUCACUUGAAACAUUAAUAAUUGAUGAAGCUGAUUUGAUAUUUUCAUUUGGAUAUGAAAAUGAAAUAAAAGAUAUACUGAAUUAUUUACCAAUAUUAUACCAAGCAGUUUUAGCCUCUGCAACAUUAUCUGAAGAUGUGAUAACACUUAAAAAAUUGGUACUUCGUCAUCCUGUGAUCUUAAAAUUAGAGGAACCUCCAUUGGCUCCACUUUCACAAUUAUCGCAUUAUAGUCUUGCAGCAGAGGAAAAUGAUAAAGCUGCUAUUUUAUGUGCUUUGUUAAAAUUACGUUUAAUUAGGGGAAAAACUAUUAUAUUUGUAAAUACUGUAGAUAGAUGUUAUAAAUUAAAAUUGUUUUUAGAACAAUUUGGAAUAGCAACUUGUGUAUUAAAUUCUGAAUUACCAGCAGUUUCACGAUGUAGAGCAGUUACUCAAUUUAAUUCUGGAACAUAUGAUAUUAUAAUAGCAUCGGAUGAAAAAUCUUUAGAAGAACCACAUAUAGCAAAAAUUAAAAGAGGAAAGCGAAAAAAAGACAAAGAAUUUGGUAUAGCCCGAGGGAUUGACUUUCAAUUUGUAUCUAAUGUAUUAAAUUUUGACUUUCCUCCAGAUAUAAAUUCUUAUAUUCAUAGAGCUGGACGUACUGCUCGAGGUAAAAAUGACGGAACAGUGUUGAGUCUUGUAUCAAUAAGAGAAAGACCAAUUCUUGAAGAUGUUGAAGUUGAAUUAAAACAAUGUUAUAAUUGCGAUAAAUUAUUAAAGACAUAUGAAUUUAAAUUAGAAGAAGUCGAAGGUUUUCGAUAUCGAGCAAAAGAUGCUUGGAAAGCAGUAACUCGAAUUGCUGUUCGUGAAGCUCGUUUAAAAGAAAUAAAACAAGAAGUACUCAAUUGUCAAAAAUUAAAAAGUUAUUUUGAAGAUAAUCCAAGAGAUUUGCAAUCAUUGAGACAAGAUAAAGCAUUACAUACUGUAAAAUUACAACCACAUUUAAAAGAUGUACCAGAUUAUAUAAUUCCACCAACUUUAAAAAGACUUGUUAAUACUGGCAAAAGAAAGAAAAAGUUUAAUAGGGAAACUGCAGCAUCUAAACCUACUGCUACACAAUCAAAAUAUCGAGCUCGUGCAUCAAAUCCUUUAAUGAGUUUACAGUUACAAAACUUGAAAAAAUGAAUAUUUUGUAUUAAUAAUAAAAUAUUUUUUUUAAACUCA